UUUUAAAUAUUAUUAAUGUUAAUAAUUCGUGUUAUAUUUCAACAUAUUCUAUUUUGUGGCUUAUAAAUUAACUAAUGGCUUUAUUUUUAAAAAACAUUAAUAAGAACAAAUAAUUAGGUUGCCAGGUUGUGACAAAUCCCACUGGCUGGUGUUUAGUCUUUCUAUUUGGUGAUAAUACAGCUCAAAAUGUUAUUAUUUCAAAAUGCUUCUCGCUCUCCAUCACAGUUGCAGUUCUGUUAAUAAGUCAUUAAUAAAGAUUUGACUCCAUCACGUCUGCAGUUUUAAAGGUUAAUAAUUGUCAAUACGGAUUUGCAUGUGCAUUUCCUGUUGUCAUGAAGACGGUCCCGAAUUUCGUGCUUUCACUUUCACUUUAGUUAGGCCGACAGUAUUUUUGUGCAGUUGGAUCAACCGAGAAGAUUUCGAUAAUUUUUAUGCGGAUAUUACGUCAUCAAAGGUGUUGAUAUUUCUUAGUCAGGGACUCGGGGUCACACUGCUCGAAGGAGGUGAUUUCCCACAGCCUACAUUUAUGUCGUGCGUCAUACUUUCGGCGUGGUCAUUUCAAUUCCUCUUUAGUUUGUUCCUCUGCUGUCCGAUUUCGACAUUAUAGCCUACGGUGGGUUCAUUCAGUAAUCUUCUCACUUAUUGGUACAUUCUUUACGUGAUUGUAUGUUUAUAUAGAGCCUAACAGUUUUUAAUCGUAUCCGGUUUGAAGGUGUGUAGGACUUAAUUGCUAGUUAACGUCCGCAGCGAUCGCGCUUCCUCAAACAAAGUCCAUGGCUCUUCCAGACCAUUGUCAGCUUCAGGUGAUUAAUGAAAUAUCAGAGGCUCUCUGCAGUGGUGAACGCAGGAUUCUCCUCUACCUGUGUGAAAUCCUGGACACAGACAACAGUGUGGGUUGUCUAAAAGCGACGCUGGAAUCUAAAGCGAUGUGCUACGAGAGGUGGGACCUGUUCCUGGCAGAGCUGAUAUUGGCGUUGAGACGUUAUGAUAUCCUAAAGAAAGUGUGGAAAACCAGCAGGGAGCAGUUUGAGAGAACUCUGAAAGUCGGGCCGGUUCUGCCAAAAUUCAGAGUGUUGAUGGUUAAUAUAGGUGAGGAAAUGGCCAAUGACGAUCUGGACAGUCUGAAAUUCUUGUUAAGCAAAAUAUUACUCCGUGAGAAGAUGGAAAAGGCACAGAAUUUCCUGGAUGUGAUCAUAGAACUUGAGAAGCUGGAUAAAGUUUCACCUGAAAGAGUUGACAUUCUAGAGAAAAAAUUGCGAGACAUUGGCAGGGUCGACCUAGCCAAAAAAGUGACUGCUUACAAGAUGUCAGAACUUUUCACAGUUACAUCUGAACUACAUAUAUCUCAACAGAGGUGCAGAGCUCCUCAUCUGCUGAGCCCUUCAAAUAGUUCCCACCCUCUACUGCAAACAAGACGAGGACAGUCCUUCCACAGUGAAAACAUACCAGCACCUGUUUACCGAGAGCAGACUUAUCAGAGUCCGUUAGAUUGCUACAAAUUUAACAGUAAUCCCAGAGGAGUUUGUUUAAUCAUUGACUGCGUGGGUAAUGAUGGAGUCAUGUUGGAAGACACAUUUAAGGCUCUUCAAUUCAACGUGGUCGUCCACAAUUGGCUAAGUGGGGGUGACAUUUAUUCUACCCUCGCAAAGAUAUCCACACAGAGAGAGAACCUUGAAGGUGACGGCUUUGUCUGUUGCAUCAUGAGCCGUGGCACAUCAGAUUAUCUCCUGGGUACAGACUCGAACAGCACAGGUCUACGCCUGGAUAAUGUGAGACGUCUUUUCACUGCCGAUGCAUGCCCCAUGCUGGCUGGCAAGCCCAAACUCUUCUUCAUCCAGAGGUACAGCAUCCCCGAGUCCCAGCCCUAUGCCACAACGUACCACCAGGAUGAAGAUCUGGAGACAGAUGGGUACGAUGGGCUGGCCAGAUGUGAUAUCAUCCCUACAGAUGCAGAUGUGUUCUGGAGUCACUGCUGGACAGAUGCACGUCAACUGGAGCAAGGACUCCAUUGCUCCAUUUACCUGAAGGCUCUGACAGACGCCUUAUGCAAAGGCCAAAGAAGGAAAACACAUCUUGUUGACAUUCAUACUGAGGUGAAUGGAGCCCUCUUUGAACAUAACAAGAGGAAUCCUGGAGCAAGCUACCACAUUGAUUUGAAACAUACCCUACGGAAAGAUGUUUACUUACAAUAGAGGAUUCAUCACCAUGACUUUCACUAAACCUUCAGCACUGUCAGCUACAAAUUAAUAUAAUAAUUUACGUGCCAGAGAAGAACCUUUUUUUUACUGUGUUAAUACAGUGACACCUAUUGGUUGUAUUAACACGAAACACUUAAACUUAUUAUUAUUAUUAUUAUUAUUUUUUUUUUUACAGAUGAAGUAAAAUAUAACUUAUGGUUUUAAUGUGCCUUUAUUUAUUUUUUGAAGUUUUUGUACAUAUAUUUCAAUAGAUUUAUAACAGGCAAAAUAACAACAACACACCCAAUCAGAGCCUCAUAAUAGAAACAAAUGUAAAUUCAUAAAAAACAGAAACAAAAAACAUGUAUAAAGCCUGAUAAAGAGUUUUUGUUUUACAUGUAGUCAUAUGUAACUUGUAUUUAAAUUAAUAUGAAUAGCAAUUUUCUUGCCCAAUACAGUGCAGCUAAAACCGGUAGUACCCGUGUAAAGAUGUGAAAAUAAUUUGUUAUGAAGUAAACACUAUAUAGAGAUAGAGAUAGUACAAAUUAAUUCUCUCUCUCUCUCUGUAUAUCUCUCUCUCUCUCUCUCUGUAUAUCUGUGUUAUUGGAUAUUUUCAUCACAUUCUGAAACGUGUUUUAGAAAAGUAAUAAAAGUCACUAUCAUUAGCAUUAUCAUAUAACUCUUCGUUUCCAAUAAAUAACAAAUACUAUA